AUGGGACAUCGACGGGGUUCCUACUUGUCAAAUGCCAUGAGGGCCUGCCUGGAGCCCAAGACCAACAGGCCCAGCUGCAACGUAUUAGAGGGUGAUGACAAAGAUCUUCAAACCUUUGAUGGGACGAACAGUGGAGCAUCACGAGUAUCAGAGGCUGGAGUAGGGCUCGUACUACUCUCCUCUAUUGGGAAACCGCUUGAUCAGUCCAUUCACCUCGAUUUUCCUACAUCUAAUAAGGAGGCUGAAUACGAGGCAAUUAUAGUUGGCCUUGAACUCGCCUUGGCACUUGCAGCAUCGAAAGUAGAAAUAGGAAGUGACUCCCAAUUAGUGGUUGAGCAAAUCCAGCAAGAGUAUGAGGCCAGGGAUGAACGAAUGACUUGCCACCUCAAUGGUCUGGAAUCUUGUUUAGCCAAGCUAUCUGAUUGGAAAGUCAAACGUAUUCCUCAUGAAGAGAACAGAAAAGCAGAUGCACUGGUCAGAGUUGUCGUCUCCUUGCCCAUCACUAAAUAUAUCAUGUUGCCAGUUUAUGUCUAG